AUGAGAUCGACCAGCCCCUCCAGCCGGACACAACACGCCCGCGCUCAAGUGUGGGUGUACGGCGUGCUCGCGCUCGUGGCGCUGGGUGCGCUUGGCGUCUCCGUCGCCGGUAUCGCAGUCAGCCGCGUGCGGCAACAACGCCUAGGAGGCGAAGAGUACUACCCGGGCUGGCAGCAUCUGAUCAUGACGGCGGUGUGGGCUGCGCUCCUCGCCCCGUACGCAUGUUACAGCCCGCUGAACCGCGUCCGUGUCGACCUCGCACUACUGGCCUUCUUCUUCCUGCUGGGGAUUGCGCCGCUGACGUGGUGGGGUAUGGCGACCCGCCAGUGGUUCGAGCCGUACGGCGAUGACCUCGUUCUAUGGGGGGCUCUUCUUGGUCAGCCCUCCAUGCCCUCCUACCGCGACUCCGAGACCGGUUCAGCUCCAUCUCCGUCUGGUGUGAUAUCUUCGUAG